AUGCAAUGCAUAACUACAGUUUCAUACUCAAUUCUCUUCAAUGGUGCGCCAAGAGGAAAUAUCUUACCUACUAGGGGAAUAAGACAAGGUGACCCUCUAUCCCCCUAUAUCUUCAUUCUGUGUAGCGAGGUCCUGUCUGGUUUGUGUAGAAGAGCCCAGAUCACGGGUAAAUUACAAGGAGUCAGAGUGGCCAGGGGAAGCCCACGCAUAAAUCAUCUCCUCUUUGCAGAUGACACUAUGUUUUUCUGCAAAGCAAAUAAGAAAUGCUGUCAGGAACUAAAGAAGAUCAUGGAUAAAUAUGCUGCAGUCUCAGGACAAGUUAUCAAUCUUCAGAAAUCGGCUAUCACCUUCUCUACUAAAACUCCACAGGAAACUCGCAAUCUUGUGAAGAGUCUAACUUUAAUAGACAAAGAAGGAGGCUCCGGAAAGUAUUUGGGCUUACCUGAACACUUUGGAAGGAGGAAGAAAGAUCUUUUCACAGCAAUUGUUGAUCGGAUCAAACAAAAAGCGUCUAGCUGGACUUCAAACCGGCUCUCAGGAGGUGGAAAGCUCACUAUACUGAAGAGUGUUUUGUCCGCUAUGCCUUCUUAUGCUAUGUCGUGCUUUCAACUCCCCCAGUCUCUCUGCAAGAGAAUCCAAUCAGCGUUUACUAGAUUUUGGUGGGACUCAUCUCCAGACAAGAGAAAAAUGUCUUGGAUAGCGUGGAAAACAAUGGCGAAACCUAAGCACCUAGGAGGAUUGGGUUUUCGAGAUAUCAAUAAUUUCAAUGAGGCUCUUCUCACUAAACUGGGCUGGCGAAUCCUUAAUAAUCCUAACUGUCUCCUAGCUAAAACUCUUGCUGGAAAAUAUUUUCACAGUACCUCGUUUCUGGAAAGUAGAGUCCCGGGAGUAGCUUCACAUGGUUGGAGAAGCUUAUGUGUAGGCAGAGACCUUCUAAUCCAGCAAUUAGGAUGGGUAGUGGGAAACGGGCAUUCGAUCAAGGUUUGGGAGGAACCCUGGAUCUCCCUAACUCAUCAUUGCCAACCAAUGGGUCCACCUACAAGAGAAGCGCAACAUUUAAAAGUGUCAGAUCUCUUCCUCCCUAACUCUUCAGAUUGGGAUACUGAAAAGUUGAAUCUUUAUCUCCCUGAGUACAAGGAUCAAAUUCUCACCUUGAAACCGAGCAAAUUAGGAGCUAAUGAUGAACGGCGGUGGCUAAAGAACCCGACAGGCGAGUACUCUACGCGGUCCGGUUAUUUAGUGGCGUCUGAACUAGCAGAAGAUAUCAGAGCACUGGAACUCAACACAACAAUAAACUGGAAUAAUCAGGGAGCAUUACCAGUGGGAACUCAGCUAGAGGCAAGAUGUAUUCCGGUUAAUCCAGUUUGCUGCAGAUGCGAAGAACCUGAAUCGAUUCUACAUCUUUUCUUCCAGUGUAGAUUUGCUCGAGAUGUAUGGGCAUCGGCUCCUUUCUCUACGACGAUCAAUCUAUCGACAGUUGGGACCUUUAGAGAAGGACUAGCCAUGGCCCAAAAACUUUUCACUCUCCCUCCGACAGGUUUGGAUAAAGGAUGCUUGUAUUCGUGGAUUUGCUGGAAUCUUUGGACUGCUAGAAACCAAAAAAUCUUUGAAAAUAAGAUUUUUACAGUGGAAGAAACUGUCCUUAAAGCAAUUCGGGAUGCAAGAGAAUGGAUGGGAGCUCAAACCUCAGGGAUUUGUCGAAACAUCUCUCGGGGAUGUCCAUCGUCUUCAAAUCAGAUUAGAGGAUCAAUCACUUGCUGCACUGAUGCAGCUUGGCUAACUGAACAAGGCUCAGUUGGAUCCGCAGGACUCGGUUGGAUUUACUCCUCCGGCAAAGAGCUAGUCUCUUCUCACUCCGCGGCAUUAUCUUCCGUUCCCUCUGCACUGCAAAUUGCAGAAGCCCUAGCUAUUCGUGAAGCGCUUUUCAUGGCAGUAGAAAAGAAUAUCAGAUCUUUAACUCUGCAAUCGGACUCAAUUAUCUUGAUCAAGGCGAUCAAUUCGAAGGCUCAGAUUUUGGAAGUCCAUGAAAUUCUGGAAGACAUCAGAAUAAUCGAAAAUGCGUUUUCUUUUCUUAAGUUUAAGUUUAUUCCUCGUCUGUCUAAUGUUAAGGCUGACCUUGUAGCCAAACACGCUUUGAGAACUUUCAGAAGUUCGAUAAGCUAA